CGUUUAUUCCGCAAGUCGGCAAUGUUAGCAAACAAGAGACAACCAAUGUUAACCAGGGAGAAACAGGUCAAUUACCUGCGAAAACUACUUCAAAAUUAUCUUUGACGCACAAAGAAUUGAUAGAGACGAUAAGAAGGGAGAAAGAGAAGUUUCUUAAAGAUAAAAAAGCCGAGGAAGAUGCAUAAAGGGAAGCUGAAAUCGAGCAAUUUGUCAAUAAUUCCAAAGUGGAUGACACUGGAGCAAAGGGGAUCACUGGAGGGGAACCUGCUGAUGAAUUGACUAAAGAGAGAAGAAAUUUUAUAAAAAGGAUGAUGGAACAUGCAUGGAAUGGUUAUGUUACCUAUGCUUGGGGUGGCAAUGAGUUGAAGCCAAUCAGCAAGUCAAGACAUACAGCAAGUAUAUUUGGAGCUUCCUCAUCGGGUGCAACAGUUGUUGAUGCUUUGGAUACGUUAUACAUUAUGGGCAUGAAGGAUGAAUUUGAACGUGCUAGAAAAUGGGUGGCAAUGUCUCUAGAUUUUAAUCAUGCUUCAGAUGUAUCUGUGUUUGAAACUACAAUUCGCUUUCUUGGAGGUCUACUCUCUGCAUAUGCAUUUAGUGGAGAAGAGGUUUUCAAGGUCAAAGCUAAGGAAGUGGGGGACAAAUUAUUACCUGCGUUCAAUACACCAACUGGGAUACCAUGGGCCAUGGUUAAUUUUGCAAGUGGCAGUGGACACAAUUGGGGUUGGGCAUCUGGGGGAUGUUCCAUUUUAGCAGAAUUUGGCACCCUGCAUCUGGAGUUUGUUUAUCUGUCAAAGAUCACAGGGGACCCAAUCUAUGCAAAAAAGGUUUACAGAGUACGAGAAGUGCUAGAUCAGAUAGACAAGCCAAAUGGAUUGUAUCCCAACUAUUUAAACCCCAGAAGUGGAGUUUGGGGCUCCCAGCAUGUUUCAUUGGGUGCAUUGGGGGAUAGUUUUUAUGAAUACUUAAUCAAGACAUGGGUGAUGAGUGGAAAAACAGACAAUGUGGCCAGGCGGAUGUAUGACAAAGCUGUGGAGGCCAUAGAGAGAAUGUUGGUUCAAAGGUCACGGCUAUCUAACCUCACAUACCUUGCAGAGUACAAGUUUGGGAGGCUGGAACACAAGAUGGAUCACUUGGCUUGUUUCACUGCUGGGAUGUUUGCUCUUGGAGCCAAAGGUUCUAGAAAUGAGAAGCAUUUCAUCAACCUUGGUGCAGAACUUGCUAACACAUGUCAUGAAUCUUACCGAAAAACAGCAACUGGUAUUGGCCCAGAAGCCUUCAGAUUUGAGGGACCUCAUGAGGCAGUUGGUCUGCGCUCAGGUGAAAGAUACUACAUUCUUCGACCAGAAGUAAUUGAGGGAUACUUCUACAUGUGGCGGUUUACUCAUGAACCUAAGUAUCGUGAAUGGGCCUGGGAGGCUGCUCAGAACAUUGAGAAGUACUGCCGGGUCGAAGCAGGGUACAGUGGAAUACGGGAUGUAGACUCUUCAGCAGUGGUACAUGAUGAUGUCCAACAGAGUUUUUUCUUGGCAGAAACUCUGAAGUAUUUGUAUUUGAUAUUUUCUGACGACAGCCUUAUGCCUCUGGACCACUGGGUGUUCAACACAGAAGCCCACCCAAUUCCUGUUAUAGGAAAAAUGGAGAGUAGAUAGUUGAGGCUUCAUCUUUUAUAAUGUAAUGGAGAAGUAUUCUCUAGAACCUUUUAAAAUGUAAUGGAGAAUUAUUCUCCAGAAACCAUAGGAUUUAUUUCUGCCAGUGAAAAGUACAAAAUUAUAAAAUCACAUCAUUCACUGUUCAUGGCUUGAGCUUUGAGAGACCAUUGUAAUUUGAUGCUUUACCACCUCUUCUCCCAGUUUAUCUUCCUUCAAACGAAAGUUUCUCGAUUUUCUCAGUUAUUAAAUAAAGUGCCAAAUUUCAAACAUUAACAACAAAACGAUAUUUAUAAUUCAUUGGUAAUUUAUAAGUCAUUAAAGAGAUCUCUUCACAUCGGCUGAGGGGUUUUUUGAGGUUUCCUUACCUUUUUUUUUUUUCUCAUUUUAAAACAAUUCUCAGGGCUCGACACUAACUUUUCAACUCACUA